AUGGAGCCUCUACGACAUGCGAAUACUAUGCCGACUCAAGGUUUGACUCAUCAGAGAUCAGUUGCUAGAAAGCCAGUGGGAAAGCCGUCUGUAGCGCCAUUGUCUUCACCGCAGGCUUUCUCACUUGCAUAUAGGCCUGCCCCUCAGCAUCCAUCGGGUGGCUUUCCUCCUCACAAUCAGCAACAACAGAUCCAGCCGCAGAUCCAGAAACAACGUCCUCAAUCUUAUCAUCCUGGACAGACUUAUCCUGGAUACCCUCAACAAAGUCCACACCAGAUACACAAUGUCCAGCCAGUCAUUCAGCCCGUGCAGUCCUUCCCGCAACAGCAAGUGCAGCCUGCUCAGUACCUUCCGCAACAGCAACAGCAACAACACCAAGGCCAAGGCCAAUACUCUCACCAACCUCACCCUCAACCGCUUCAACAUCAACAACCACAUCAAUCGUCGCAACAGUCACAAAUUCAGCAGCAGUCUCCAGCACUGCAACAAGUCCAGGCGCAACCUCAGCAACCCCCGCAACAGCAUGCACUGCCGCAAAACCAAGUCCAGGCGCAGCUUUCACAGCAACAACUACAUCAACAAUCGCCGAUACUACAGCAGCAUACCCAUCAAUCGCCACCUCAACAACAAACCCCCAGUCAAUAUCCUCAGCAACAGCCAUUUAGUCCGAUAGCGUCAACCCCCAACAUCGCUAAUCAGACAGUCCCGUCACCACUGGCAAACGCUCCUCAAACGCCACAGCCUCAACCUCAACCUCAACCACAGCCCCAGACAACAUCGGCGAGCCCAAGUCCUCAAGUGCAUCUUAACGACCCCAGUCAUGCCAACAUCGGCUCAUUUGUCGCUGAUCAUGGGAGACCUGCGAGCAUUAGUAGCAGCCCCAGCAUUGCAACACCUGCCACUACCAUCGCAAGCGUCGCUUCACCAAGUCCAAUAGGCACUCCAGCAUGGGAUCCUGCUUCUCCUCCGCCAAUUCAACAAACUUCGACAGUAGAGAUCAGGCGAACCUCUACCGGUCAACCCAAACUGUGUAAUCACUGUCGCAAAGGGAUCCCUCUCAAUGUAUCGGUAUAUACUUGCCUCAUCUGUAGCACCGCCAACAUCGCGACAAACUUUUGUGUUUGGUGCUUCACCUCCAACGCUGUCAACACUUCCCACAGCCACGACAAGUCUUACUAUGCGACCGAAUCCGAUCCCCGUGUACAGUCGUCGGUACAGGAUGCAACAACUCACAUGUGGACGAUCCGAAAGAAUGUUUCCGGGCGGCUUUGGUACACGCAUAACACGACUGGCCUCAAGACCCAUCUUAAACCUACGACGGCGGCUCUGUCCGGAUUCUCAGGCUUACCACCUGGCUGGGAUGAGCGCAGGACACCCGAUGGACGAACAUUCUACUUUAACAAAAAAAUGGGAACCAGCGCGUGGACUAAGCCAGCUAAUUCUCUUCCCGAGGGCUGGAAGGAGUUGAGGACGCCAGAUGCGGUACCAUUCUACAUCAAUGAACAGUUGGGAUUGUCCACUUGGGACCGACCAGGACAACAGCCAAAGCAGGGCAAUAAAGUCGUGAUUAGGAGAAGACCUGGACCAGGUCAGCCAAUGAAUUCGCAAAACGUUGGAGACAACCUCCUUUCCGCUACGAUCAACGCCGCCAGGCUGACUGGUCAAGGCGUCGAGUCGGCCAGUAGACAGGUCGGUAAGCUGGGCAAAAGGAAGAAUUGGAGGAAGCUGGGAAGAAUACUCAACCAAGUAAACGGUAUGACGGGUGACAAUUCCGGAAGCGAUGGCGAAUACAACGACUACAACGACAACAACGACAACGACAAUAGCGGAUUCGGGUUUGGGGACGAUUCGGGCGGCUUCCAAGACCAACAACAAGGGCAAUUCCAGCAGAACUUCGAUUCAUCUUUCUUGGACCAGUCGCAGCAGUCAUUCGACUUGGGUGAUAGCCAACAGCAGGCAAUGUUCCAACAGCCAGCGUACGAACAACAGACGACUUUUGAGUAUUCCGUUCAAUCUGAUCAGCCAGGGUAUGAUAUGUCCACAUUCGAACAGCAGCCUGGGCAAUUCAGUAUCACGACAGAGGUUUCUUACACCACAGCCGAGCCUCAACCCACGUUUGAGCAACAGAGCUUCGAGCCUCAGCAGGAUCAAUUUGCUCAACAAACCUACGAACAACAAGCUAGUUUUGAGAUUCAGCAACAAACCACGUUCGAUCCGAUGCCAACCCAAGAUCCUACCGCCAUGGAUCCCUGCCAGCAGGCUCAACCAUUCGAGUCUGUUCCACCUUUACAGCAGAACGACUGUCCGCCGCCAACGAUACCACAAGAGACUUAUGUGCAGCCCACACCUCAACCAAUGUAUCAACCUGAACUGCAGCAGACAUACUCUAAUCAGCAAUACGCCUACGAUCCGACGCAGACACCCCAAAUGACCCAACAGCAGGUGACUGUCACUUAUCAAGUACCAACCUACGCCACCGAACCAGCACAACCCUUCAUCCUCCAGUCUCAAACAGAGGAACCAGUCUACCCGAUCUACAUCCCGAAUAACCAACCAGAAAUUAUCACCAGUGAUGCACACCUCGUUGAAGUGCCCGGUACUGAUGACACAACUCUCAUUCUAAACAGUGGAUACGGCGGCAAUGACAUCCUCGCCGGCACAAGUCUGGCCGCAGAACAAAAUAUUCUGGCAACCCAAGUACCGCAAGACCCCAUGGCCAAUGUUACUCUGCAGCAGUCGCAGUCGCCCGUAGUAGAAACGACUUAUACGCCGGCGCCGGUGGUUCAACCUACCGCUGGAAAGACGGAAACAGUCGUGUCGGUUGAUGCUGUGCCAGUGGACAACUUCAACACGGCCGAGAGGUGCAAUCAGUUAAUUUGA